CUUAUGCAUGUUUAUCCUUGUUUUGCACUCUUUACCGGUUUUCCUACUGCUAUUUUUAAUGAGAAUGCUCAAAUUCCAAUGCUUUCUGGUGAUAAUUAUACUGAAUGGAAGGAGAAAGCCCUUCUUGCUUUAGGGUGCUCGGAUAUGGACCCGACACUCCGUGUGGAAGAACCACCCAUUCCCACGGAAUCAAGUACACCAGUAGCUAAGGCUAAUUAUGAGCAGUGGGAGCGAUCCAAUCGCUUAAGUUUGAUGCUCAUAAAAUCCCACAUAAGCCAAAGCAUUAGGGGUUCUAUCCCUAAUAGCGAUAAGGCCAAAGCUUACAUCAAGGCAAUUGAUGAAUAG